UAAAAGAAAGUGCAUGAUCACCGUGCUAAAAACAAAAUGGCAUCCACAGCCGUGCAUAUUUAUAAUUAUAGUCCUUCUGAACUUUAUGAUGUGAAGAAAAAGUCUUCAAAGAUUCUAGCUCCUUCAGACGGACUUGAUUUUGCUGGAGAAAGUUUUGCUUUACCUUCAGUACCAGAUCCAGUUGGGUUUCUAAAUGAAUGUACAAAUGGUCAAAACAAUGUAAAUAUUCAAAUGCAUCAUGGGACAACCACCCUUGCAUUCAAGUUUCAACAUGGAGUUAUAGUUGCUGUAGAUUCACGUGCUUCUGCAGGAUCAUAUAUUGCUUCACAAACUGUGAAAAAAGUUAUUGAAAUAAAUCCUUACUUACUGGGAACCAUGGCUGGAGGUGCUGCUGACUGUGCAUUUUGGCAACGAGUACUGGCAAGAGAGUGUAGGAUGUAUCAACUUCGCAACAAGGAGCGAAUAUCAGUAGCUGCUGCUUCAAAACUACUCGCCAACAUGGUGUACAAUUACAAAGGAAUGGGUCUUAGCAUGGGAACGAUGAUUUGUGGUUGGGACAAGAGAGGUCCUGGUCUGUAUUAUGUUGAUAGCGAAGGUACUCGUCACAAAGGAGAUUUGUUUUCAGUUGGAUCGGGUUCAACUUAUGCAUAUGGUGUUCUCGAUGCCGAUCACAAGUGGGACCUGACUGAGGAAGAAGCGUACGAUUUAGGAAACCGUGCUAUUUAUCACGCCACUCACAGAGACGCCGGUUCUGGCGGUGUUUGUAACUUGUAUCACAUGAAAGAAACUGGUUGGGUUAAAAUAUCACAAAUCGACGUCACCGAACUCCAUUAUAAGUAUCGAGAACAAUUGGUUGGAUAAUAAACAAUUGAAUUGAAAAAUGUUUAAAAACGAUAUUUGGAAUCCCAUCUCGAGGCGAUGUUAAAUUGUAUUGGUUUUGUAUACAAACAAACGUGAAAAUUAUUUUUCCGUAUUUAAAAGAGGUAAACAAUACAAAUAAA